AUGGCCUUCGCUGGCCAAGCACCCACCAUCAUUGUGCUGAAGGAGGGCACGGAUACUUCUCAAGGAAAGGGCCAGAUUCUCUCCAACAUCAAUGCUUGUGUCGCUGUGCAAUCCACGAUCAAGAGCACUCUCGGACCGUAUGGAGGAGAUCUGUUGCUCGUUGACAGCAAUGGCAAGCAGACGAUCACCAACGAUGGAGCGACAGUAAUGAAACUCCUGGAUAUCGUGCACCCCGCCGCCCGCAUUCUCACCGAUAUUGCGCGAUCCCAAGACGCCGAAGUUGGCGAUGGAACAACAUCGGUCGUCGUCUUGGCUGGCGAGAUCCUGAAGGAGGUUCGGGACCUUGUGGAGCAGGGCGUCAGUGCACAGACUAUCAUCAAGGGUUUACGGAAAUCGAGCGCCGUCGCCGUCAACAAGGUGAAGGAGAUUGCUGUGGAUGUGAUCGAUUCGGCAGGUAGUGAGGAGAAAAAGAUUGAGAUGCUGCGCAGGCUAGCCGCCACCGCUAUGAACAGCAAGCUGAUUAAGCGCAACUCGGACUUCUUUACCAAGAUGGUGGUGGAUGCCGUGCUCUCUCUGGACCAGGAUGAUCUCAACGAGAGAUUGAUUGGUAUCAAGAAGGUCACGGGUGGUGGUCUCCAGGAUUCGCUUUUCGUCAAUGGUGUCGCCUUCAAGAAGACUUUCUCCUACGCCGGUUUCGAGCAGCAGCCCAAGUCCUUCAAGGACCCCAAGAUUGUGUGCUUGAAUGUGGAGCUGGAACUGAAGAGUGAGAAGGACAACGCCGAGGUCCGGGUUGAGCAAGUUUCCGAGUACCAGGCCAUCGUCGAUGCAGAGUGGCAGAUCAUCUACAACAAGCUGGAGGCGAUCUACAAGACUGGCGCCAAGGUUGUCCUGAGCAAGCUGCCUAUCGGUGAUUUGGCUACACAGUACUUUGCUGACCGCGACAUCUUCUGCGCGGGUCGUGUUGCCUCUGACGAUAUGGACCGGGUUUGCCAGGCGACCGGUGCGGCGACGCAGUCGACUUGCAGCGACAUCCAGGACCGUCACUUGGGUACGUGUGGCUCGUUCGAGGAGCGCCAGAUCGGUGGUGAACGUUACAAUAUCUUCUCCGAGUGCCCUGCGGCCAAGACCUGCACACUGGUGCUGCGUGGUGGAGCCGAACAAUUCAUUGCUGAGGUCGAGCGGAGUCUGCACGAUGCCAUCAUGAUCGUCAAGCGUGCUCUGCGCCAUACGACCAUUGUCGCUGGUGGUGGUGCCUGCGAGAUGGCUGUCUCGGGCUACCUGCACGACUUCGCCCAGAACGAUCGCUCUAAGCAGCAGGCUGUCAUCCGGGCGUUUGCCAAGGCUCUGGAAGUGAUCCCCCGUCAACUCUGCGACAACGCCGGUUUCGAUUCCAUUGAUAUCCUGAACCGCCUGCGUGUGGAGCAUCGCAAACAUAAGAUCUGGACUGGUGUCGACUUUGACAACGAGGGAGUCCGCGACAACAUGGCUGCCUUUGUCUGGGAGCCCAGCCUGGUCAAGGUCAAUGCCAUGCAGGCUGCUGUUGAAGCUGCCUGCUUGAUUCUGAGUGUCGACGAGACAAUAAAGAACGAAGAGUCUGCUCAGGCCCAGGCGCCUGCACGCGGUCUUCCUCCGGGUGCUGCCCAGCGGGCUCUUGGAGCCGGACGGGGACGGGGCAUGCCUCGCCGGGGACGGUAG